AUGCCGCCCCCUCACAGAUACCUCGCAGUUGUUCAACACCAACUUCCCAUUCUUCUUGCCGCACCCGUGUUUGGGAACCAUUUGGUCAGUGAAAGCGAAAGUCCAGAGCAAGCCUUGCACCCACUUGGCCGCCAUCCAAGCCGUGACGCCGGCGACGCAGUCUACACUGCGACUCUGACCAUCACCCGGGAACAAGCUCUUACCCGAGUAGGCGACCUACUCAGACAGCUGCAAGAUGCAUCAGUCGACCGAAAGUCAUUCAAGCCACAGAUGGAUCUCUUGAUGGAUUUCUAUACCUUUUGGGUUCUCCCUCGAGAUAUCAAGAUGAGAGAACGUAUCUCGACGUCUGGUGUUGUCUGGGAUCAGGAGUACACUCGGAUAUCCUGGGUAGAGAGGCUCCCGGGUGAACGAAUUGAAAUGCAGGACUCAGACCUUGCUGGACCCUCUUUGGGAGUCCUCGCAGACCUUUUCAGCCAACUGCCCGAGAAAAGCUUGGAGAGGGCCCGUGGCAUCGAAGCCCUCAACAACGUGAAGAAUGUCAUCAACCUGCAGCAACACUUCCUUGACGACCGGGCCAAGUUCGCGGAGAGACCUCUGCAGAAUCACUCUCCCAACACUUCACCCAUUUCCGAUGGGGCCCUGGAGAAACUCGAUGGAACCCCGAAGCAACUCAAAGAAACCCUUGUCCACGUUGUCAAGGACAAGCUUGAGGGUCAGAAGAGUGCCCCACAGGAGAUCGUUGAUGAUUUCAAGAGGCUUUACAUUCUGUUUCGAUGCGAUGGCUUGGUGAUUCCCUGCGAACUCCAUAACCUUGCUGCAUACAGCCUCAGCAGGGACCAACACAAAGAAGUCUUGGCUUCCCGAGACGAUCUAGAGAUGGCAGGUGGCUAG